AUGGAGGAAGAGAACAGCCCCAGUGCAGCUCCAGCCCAGGGCUUCCUCAAGUCCUGGGCGUCCUGCACUCUGGCAAGGGCCUCCCAGUUCACAGGCCAGCAGCCAGACAGAGAGAAGACGCAGGACCCAGCCACAGGACUUCUCUCGGUGAAGACGCCUGAACAUCCGUACCCUAAGCAGCCCCCAAUACGACAUCACAAAAAGGAGAGAACGCAGCUGACAGGCUGCUUCAAGUCCGGGUGUGGCUCGGGCACCCAGAGCGUGGGGCCUGCAGGAUUACCCUACUGGCCCACUCUAAGGACACAGGAGCCGAAACAGCAGAAUCAGGUCUACGUAGACAAGCUGAUAAAGCAGAAGCACAUGUGGAAUGAUGAAUUCUGGGAGAACCCCUGGGACCAGGGAGGCCUAGCAGUGAUCGGCUUAUUCAUCGUCACGAUCCUGUCUCUUGUUAUGUUUGCAAUCGUAUUUGGUUUCUUAAGUCCGGCUGAGAACACCAACCAGUGUGAAGAGCUGUGACUGGCCUUUUGGGGCUCAGGAAGGGGCCCACUGUUAACUCUCAAAACACCAUGUACCUUUUCUUCAGAGACCUUUUAAGAAUCUGCAAUUACACAUCCACGUUCACAUAGCUAACGUGCUUAUCUGAUAAGUACCCGUCUUCCCCACUGGGCCAAACACCAAAAAGGCAGGGGAUGGGUCUCUUUCUGUUCACCACUGUAUCUCCCAUACCCAAUGUGUCUGGCACAGUCAGUUUCAGUCAAUAUUUGGUGGUUGAAUAAAUAAAUGAAUGAAUGAAUGAAUGAA